UGCGUAUUCCAAUAGACAGGUUCAAUAUCAGCAGCCAUUUUUGGAGACGAAAGAGAGAUUGUAAACCCAUUUUUUUUUGGGCAUUAUCUUAAACUGUCCCGCUGUAUCUAUAUUUUCCAACCUACAACCUAAAACUUACCCGACAUGACGAUGACGGCAGUAGAUCCUGCCAUGCAGAACUACAUACGGGAGCCAAUAUACGAUAUACAAGCUUUGGUCCAGCCAGAGUGGCGGAAGUCGGACGAUUCAGCAGAUCAUAAUACAAAGGAGUUUGAAAAAGGUCAUGUGCAAUUAGCGAAAUUGGAUGGCAAGUCGACCAGGUCACCUUCGACGUUGGAACAUACACGUGCACUCCAUCAUCGGCAUCAUCAUGAAGCAGGACCAAAAAGCAGUAGCACAUCUUCUCCUGUAAGCUUAUUGAGACAACAACUGCAAGAAUGGGAAGCACAUCAGCGCUCCCUGUCAGCUCACGAGAACAUAGCGUCAUGUGCCAAGCAGCAUGACCAUAUCAAUACGGCCGCACAAACGCCUUCGGAAACAAAUCCAAGAACCAAUGUGAAUUUGCUGAGCAAAUCAUUUGAAGCAAGUGGAGGAGGAGGUCCUUUAGCCAGCAACAAGAAAUAUACCCCUUUACGGCAUAUGGCCAGCCAACCAGAUCUGGCAGCACGCCCUGUCACUCAGGUAACACCAUACACCGCCCAUGCCGACAAAUCGAUAGGCGCCUCCUCUUCAUCAUCAUUGAACCCUACUACCGCACCGCCGCCACAACUAGCUCCAGCUCCCUAUGUCCCUAUACCAUCUGAUACCAACACCACGUGUAGUAGUGCCCCUGACACCCACUUCAAACCUUCAGAACCUACGGUUGUGAAUACUCCUCCUGGAACUAGUAACAUCGCUAUAGCAGCCAAUGCUCAACCCCACAAUUUAUCACGUACUCAACACAAACUAUUACUGCAACGGCAGCAUGUAUUUGCCUCCGACAAAAAUUACUUGGCUCAUCCUGCCAACAUGCUAAGACUAACAAAGGAGAUGGAUCGAGUCAAUCGAGAGUAUCAUCAAGUCAGGAAAUUUGAAGAUCCGAUGACAGAAAGCUUGCGCCGGGUAGCGCAACGUUUGGCUGAUAGUAAACAUGAAAUUGCAUUACAACAUCAUGCCGAGCAGCUGAGUCGGUCCAGUUCCGCCUCCAGCCUGUCCUCUACUUCAUCUUCGUCUAUACCUGAUGCCGCUUCGAAAGGCACAAAGUAUCUGAAGAAAAUUUACGACAAGCCGUGGCGGAGUUGUCAAGAACAUCAGGAAUACACCAAAAAAGACCAUGUUAAGAGCUUUAUCAACAUCAAAUGAAAAGGAAAAAAAUCCACCCCCAAAAAUGCCCCCCAAUACUAACUCAAACUGUACAAUAAAUUUCUUUGAAA